AAUUGGUCUGGGAGUCUAAUUGUAGCUUCUUUAACUGGUGCUUUUGGAUCAUCUUUUCUUUAUGGUUAUAAUCUCUCGAAUGUGAAUGCUCCUGCAGUGUAUAUCAAGAAGUUUUACAAUGAAACUUGGGAAAGAAGAUACGGUUUCUCGGUGGACGAAAGCACCUUGACUCUCCUCUGGUCCAUAACUGUUUCUAUUUUUGCCAUUGGUGGCCUUGUGGGUGCCAUUAUUGUUACCCCAAUUGUGAAGUUUUUCGGACGGAAAUGUACAUUGCUCCUCAAUAAUGUGUUUGCAGUGACAGCUGCAUUGUUGAUGUCCCUCUCCUUGUUGGCAGGGUCAUUUGAAAUGCUCAUACUGGGCCGCAUUGCGAUGGGUAUUGAUGCAGGCAUUUCUCUGAGUGCCCUUCCCAUGUAUUUGAGUGAAAUAUCUCCUAAGGAAAUCCGUGGUUCAUUGGGUCAGGUCACAGCGAUUUUCAUCUGUAUUGGUGUUUUCACUGGUCAAGUUUUGGGGCUGCCAGAAAUAUUUGGGCAA